UCCAGUGCUGUCUGUCCUCUGCUGUCUCCUUCAGGACGCCCAUGAGCAGGGCAUUAACGCUGUGCGGUUCAGCUCCAGCUCUGACCUCCUGCUGGCCACCGGAGGAACCGACCGGGUCAUCAAGCUGUGGGAGGUCCGAGCAGGCUCGCUGACUCACAGGGCGACUCUGGACGGCAGCACGGAGGGCAUCACCUGCGUCGAGUUUGACCCCACGGGCUCCAGGAUUCUCGCCGCCUCCUAUGACAAGUCUGCCAUGUUGUGGCGGCUCGACGACUCCAGUCCCAAGUUGACUCUAACGGGUCACAGCAGGAAGGUGACGGCGGCGAGGUUCAGCGGUUGUCUCCAUCAGGUGGUGACGGGCAGCGCAGACAGAACCAUCCGACAGUGGGACCUGCACAGAGCCGCAUGUGUGCAGGUGGUCGACGUGGCGUCGUACUGCAGCGACCUCGUCUGCUCUGAGAACUGCAUCAUCAGCGGGCACUACGACUCCAAGAUCAGAGUCUGGGACACCAGGACGGCGUGCUGCGUUCAGGAGCUUCCUGCUCAGGGGAAAGUCACCUCGCUGAACAUCAGCUCCGAUCACCGUCAUCUGCUCAGCUGUUGCCGUGACGACUGCCUGCAGCUGGUCGACCUGAGGAGGUGGAGCAACGACCGCGUGUGCUUCAGGUGA